CCUUAAAAAGCCUAUUUAGUACUUCGAAUUCUUAAAAAGAUUUUUAUGAUAUGUUAGUCAAGGGCUGCUUUUAUCUGCACCCAAACCUCUCAGAACACCCACUUCAACUCAUGUUUGACCGUACGAUCAAACAGCAAUCUUAGACCAACGGUCAUCACAUUAUUAAAAGUUUGAUAUCUUAGAUUGAAAAACAUUGUAAAAUUGUAGUUUUUUAAUGGAUGAGAUUCUACGACUCUUUUGAUGGGGCUGUUAUCAGCCAGGCGUCAGUUCCAUCUUCUAUUCCCUGUUUUUGUAUAAUAUAAAAUUUUGGAUUUUUAUAAUUAUUUUUGGAAUAUUAAAUUCAAAGAUUUGCACCGUUUUAAAGGGAUCAAGUUCACGAAUGCAUCGAUAACUACAGAUUUCAGUGAAGAAAAAAUUUUCCUAGAAGCAAAGCUUGAACUACAAACAUUCCCUCUUCUGUUCUGACAACUUAGCCAUGGAAAUGUCUUUGCAAGUAGAAAGACCAUUGAGUUACAAAGCUGUGUUUAACAACACGGAUGGCUGCUUCAAGAUCAAACCUUUUCUGGGUUCCUUCCCUUUUGCGAGAACUACAAUGUUUACUCCAUGGCGUACCAAGUGCCCUUCCAGCAGGCUUUCACAUAGGGUUGCUGCUGGUGCAGCUGAUUUUUCAAAGAGGAGACAAAGAAGACUGUCUAACCCAAGCUCUAAAGGUAAAGCACCGAAGGGUUUCACCCCGAAAACACAAGUAGGCACAAGCACCCAGAAGAGGGAUCAAAAGAAUGAUGGUGAGAAUGAGGAUUCAAGUAUUCCCACAUCAAGUGAGUCUGUGGAGCCUAACAAGCCAGAAAUUGAAUCAAAUGUUGCCCUGGAGGAAGAAUCAAUCAUUGAGCUUUUUCAGAAGAAUAAGGUAGAUGAAGGUACAUCAAGUGAGUUUGCAGAGCCUAACAAGACAGAAAUUGAAUCAAAUGUUGCUGUUGAGGAAGAAUCAACUGUUGAGCUUUAUCAGAAGAAUAAGGUAGAUGAAGGUGAAAAGGAAGAGUCAAAAGAGAAUAUACUAUCAAUGGGCAAAGAGUUAGCUGUUGGUAAAAGCAACCAGAAUGUGGAAAAUGGGAGCAUAAGUAAGAUUCUUGAAGAUGUUACAGAAGAAACAAUUUUAAAAAAUGAUAUUGUGAGUACAUCAAGAGAUGUAGCCUCUGAAGGAAAGCAUUUGGAUGGCACAAAAACUGAUGACACUGUUACUGUCAAGGAUGAAAUUGUUGAGUCUGAUGAAAAAACAAUUGAAGAUACUUCUCUAAAACUGAAGUUGGAGAUGGAAGCAAAUUCGCGUAAACAGGAAAUUGAGGGGAUUGCUGAGGAAAACUUCUCGAGGGGGAACAAAAUUUUUGUUUAUCCUCAGAUUGUAAAACCUGAAGAAGACAUAGAACUGUUCUUUAAUAGGACUUUCUCCACUUUGAACGAUGAGCCAGAUAUUCUGAUCAUGGGAGCCUUCAAUGACUGGCGAUGGAGAUCAUUCACUAAAAGGUUGAAUAAGACACAUCUCAAAGGGGAUUGGUGGUCUUGCCAGAUUCAUGUUCCGAAGGAAGCUUACAAGAUGGAUUUUGUGUUCUUUAAUGGGCAGAAUGUGUAUGACAAUAAUGAUAAAAAGGAUUUCUGCAUACCUGUGGAGGGUGGAAUGGAUGUGUUUGCAUUUGAAGAUUUCUUGCUUGAGGAGAAGCGAAGGGAACUAGAGAAACUUGCAAAAGAGCAGGCUGAAAAGGAAAGGAAAGAAGAAGAGCAGAGAAGAAUAGAAGCAGAGAAGGCAGCAAGCGAGGCAGAAAGAACACAAGCAACGAUGGAGACUGAAAGGAGGCGAGAAAUAUUGCAACAAUUGAUGAAAAAGGCUGCAAGGUCAGUUGAUAAUAUUUGGUUCAUAGAGCCUAAGGAAUUCAAGGGCAUGGACAAGGUCAAGUUAUAUUAUAACAAAAGUUCAGGUCCUCUUGCUUAUGCCAAUGAGCUUUGGAUUCAUGGAGGGCAUAAUAAUUGGAAUGAUGGAUUAACAAUCAUCGAAAAGCUUGUCAGAUCAGAGAGAGCGGGUGGUGACUGGUGGUAUGCUGAAGUUGUUAUACCUGAUCGAGCCCUUGUGCUGGAUUGGGUCUUCGCUAAUGGACCACCUAAGGUUGCCAUUGUGUAUGAUAACAAUAAUUAUCAAGAUUUCCAUGCAAUUGUUCCAAGAAGCAUUUCUGAAGAGCUGUACUGGGUUGAGGAAGAACACCAGAUAUUUAGGAAGCUUCAAGAGGAGAGGAAACUAAGGGAGGAGGCUGUACGUGCCAAGGCUGAGAAGACAGCAUCUAUGAAAGCAGAAAUGAAAGAAAGUACUUUAAAGAGAUUCCUGCUUUCUCAAAAGCAUAUAGUUUAUACUGAGCCUCUUGACGUUCAGGCAGGAACAACGGUGACAGUUUUUUACAAUCCUGCUAACACGGUUCUUAAUGGAAAACCUGAAGUAUGGUUCAGAUGUUCAUUUAAUCGUUGGACUCACCGUAUGGGUCCAUUACCACCUCAACAAAUGUUGCCUGCAGACAAUGCUUCUCAUGUAAAAGCAACUGUCAAGGUUCCUUUGGAUGCAUAUAUGAUGGACUUUGUAUUCUCUGAGAGGGAAGAUGGUGGCACUUUUGACAACAAAGGUGGUAUGGAUUACCAUAUACCUGUUUUUGGAGGAAUUGUGGAAGAGCCACCAAUGAACAUAGUGCAUAUUGCUGUUGAGAUGGCCCCCAUUGCAAAGGUUGGAGGUCUGGGUGAUGUCGUUACUAGUCUCUCUCGUGCUGUUCAAGAUUUAAACCACAAUGUGGACAUCAUUCUUCCAAAGUAUGACUGCUUGAACCUUAGCCAUGUGAAGGACAUGCAUUACCAAAGAAGCUAUUCUUGGGGUGGCACUGAAAUUAAAGUUUGGUUUGGAAAAGUGGAAGGUCUUUCAGUUUAUUUUCUGGAGCCACAAAAUGGAUUCUUUUGGACAGGUUGUGUUUAUGGUUGCAGAAAUGAUGCAGAAAGGUUUGGUUUCUUUUGUCACGCUGCUCUCGAAUUUCUACACCAAGGUGGAUUUCACCCUGAUAUCAUCCAUUGCCAUGAUUGGUCUAGUGCCCCAGUUGCAGGGCUGUUUAAGGACCAUUAUAUGCAUUAUGGUCUCAGCAAAACUCGGGUUGUCUUCACCAUACAUAACCUUGAAUUUGGAGGACACUUCAUUGGGAAAGCUAUGGCAUACGCAGACAAGGCUACAACUGUAUCUCACACCUACUCAAAGGAGGUUGCUGGAAAUCCUGCGAUUGCUCCGCAUCUCCACAAGUUCCAUGGAAUAUUAAAUGGAAUUGACUUAGAUAUUUGGGAUCCCUAUAAUGAUAAGUUCAUUCCUAUGUCUUAUACUUCAGAAAAUGUUGUUGAAGGCAAACGAGCUGCCAAGGAAGCCUUGCAGCAAAGGCUUGGUUUGAGAAAAUCUGAUCUUCCUUUGGUUGGAAUUAUUACUCGCUUAACUCACCAGAAAGGAAUCCAUCUCAUCAAGCAUGCAAUUUGCCGCACCUUAGAACGCAAUGGACAGGUUACCCUCUCCUUUAUGAGGUCAUAUAGAAUCACACAUAUGAGGUCAUUAUCGGUUGUAUUACUUGGCUCUGCUCCUGAUCCUCGCAUCCAAAAUGAUUUCGUCAAUUUGGCCAAUCAGCUGCAUUCAACUCAUGGGGAUCGUGCUCGCCUUUGUUUGACCUAUGAUGAGCCUCUUUCUCACUUGAUAUAUGCCGGUGCUGAUUUCAUUCUAGUCCCCUCAAUUUUUGAGCCUUGUGGACUUACGCAACUGACAGCAAUGAGAUAUGGUUCCAUACCUGUUGUUCGCAAAACAGGAGGACUUUAUGACACUGUAUUUGAUGUUGACCAUGAUAAAGCUAGAGCAGAAGCACAAGGUCUUGAACCCAACGGAUUUAAUUUCGAUGGAGCUGAUAGUGCUGGAGUCGAUUAUGCCCUUAAUAGGGCAAUAUCUGGUUGGUAUGACGGUCGGGAUUGGUUUUACUCAUUGUGCAAGAGGGUGAUGGAGCAAGACUGGUCUUGGAACCGGCCUGCACUUGAUUAUAUGGAGCUUUACCAUGCGGCAAGGAAAUACUAAAAGAAAAGAAGCUGGUUAACCAAAGAUAUGCAAAUCAUUCCCAUCUCAUAGCUUGUACAGGGUUUAGUGAAUACCUAUCUUUUAGUGUUGUUCCCUCUCUAAAGUUCAUUUUGCUGCCAUAGUUUUAGCUCUUAAAAUCAUACAUCCAUUUUUAUGUAGCAUAAAGCAAUAUAGGCUAUCCUUCAAAUAAAAAAAAAAUGUAUGAUUAAAGAGAGCAACAUUUUUUUGGACUGUUGUUGAUUCAUGUCUAUGAAAUGAUGAAAUAAUGUCAAACGUAGAAAGCACAAAAAUAAAAGCCACUGUUAAUGAGAAU